ACGCAUUUAACAAUUGGCCUUCAAUCCAACAAUUGACAAGAGUCAGACAUCCUGUGCUGUUAAAGUUAAUGAGAUCCGAGGAGUCCCUUCGCCGCGUCUCAGUGAUGCAGCCAAUCAGGGAGCGCGGCUGAAAGCUGAGGAGAUGGGAGGAGAAAAGUCCUGGUGCAGUUUUUUUCUUUCUUUCUUUCUUCUUCUUCUUUUGCCCCUCUGCCUCAUCUGUUGCAAAGCUGCAGGAGAGAAGAAAGCUGCAAACGCACAUCCCGCAGCCCGAGACAGAGAGACUCUGUUGCCACGGAGGAAUGAGCUGAAAGAAACCUCUCUCUGUUUCCCCUGGAUUACAUCUACGGGUUUUUGCUUUCUUUCUUUUUCUUUUUCUUUUUUUUACGCAUCUGGAAGUCGCUAUUUCUUUCUCUUUUUUUUUCUUUGUGCGUGAGAGCAAACUUUUGCAGGUCCAUGACGGAGAGGCGGAACCGGCUCGUUCGUGUUGUGUUUUAAUCAGUUCUUGCGCUGCGGAGGUUUCUGGCCGCUUCGAGCCGCUCGUUGAGCGCCGGAGGCAGAAAGCAGCUCUGGUGCGACGCGGAGACGCGCCGCGGUGAUCGGAGACGAAGAGACCUGCGGAGACUGGAAACAUGAGAUUGAUCGUCAUCUCUGCGGUUCUGCUGCUGAAAGUUGCUCUUGGAAAGGGUUGUGCUAGUGGGAAGUACACCGAGUCGGGACAUUGUUGCAAUUUGUGUCCAGCUGGUUAUGGAUUGGAGAAAAUGUGUGGGAAGGAAAAUACCAAAUGUCAACCAUGUCUGCCAGGAACAUUUUCACCAUCCGAAGGCCUCAACUCUUGCCUGCCAUGCAGCCCCUGUCCGUUUGGUGUGCCCACGCUGGCGUCCUGUUCGACAACCCAGGACACGCAAUGCGAGUGCGACACUGGCUUCUACUUUCUGAGCGGCUUGGCUCUAUGCGCACCCUGUUCUAAGUGCAGGCUAGGUCAUGGGGUCGUCCGGGAGUGCAGUCCUCAAGGAGACACGCUUUGCCAGAAGUGUGGCCCGGGAACCUUCUCAGAGGAGGACCUCAACACCAAACCCUGCCAGGCUUGCAGUCAGUGCUCUGAUGAAGAAGUGGAGAUCCAAUCCUGUAUGCACAACGUUGACACACUCUGCAUGGAUAAGAAGCUGCACAUCGGCCCUGCUGGUACCGAUGGGGUCGUGAAUAUUCCCAACGGGGCGGUGAUGGAGGAAAAUGAGGAGGAAGGCGGCAGCCCCGCACCGGGACCGUCCAAGUUUACACCGCUGGAUGAGGGCGGCAGCAACAACAUUCUCGUUUACGUGUCUGUCCUGGCUGCUGUGGUGCUGGGCUUGUUGGUUUAUGUGGCUUAUAAAUGUUGGAGGUCGUGCAAACAGAAGAAGGCCCUCUCCAAGGCCCGUGUGGCAGAGCUGGCAACGUCUCCAGAAGGAGAAAAGCUCCAAAGUGACAGCGGUGUGUUUCUGGACUCUUACAGCCUGCAGGACAACCAGCCCAGUAAAGGUACCAAGAGAGACAGCAAGCUCGACAACCGUCUGUACGUCAACUUGCCGCCGCACAAACAGGAGGAGGUGGAGCGCCUCCUGCAGGAGGCAAGCGGCCGUGGAUGGAGGCACCUGGGUGCGGCGCUGGGCUACGAACCCGAACAGCUGGACCUGUUCGGACGCGGCGAGGCCCCCGCGCACACGCUCCUGUCUAACUGGGCCCAGAGAGAGGGCUCCACUCUGGGACUGCUGAGCUCGGCGCUAAACCGCAUCGAGAGACCCGAUGUGGUGACGGCCCUUAACAGCACACAGCAGGGCGUUUCUGUGGUGUGACCAACUCGCCAGACCCUCGAGCGACAAUCACAGACUCAAGUGAGGGAUCGGCGAGGCGCUCAGCUUUCAGCUCUUCUGUUAUGGUUGAAGGAGCCAUUCUUAAAUUACUUUGUUUAUAGACCUUUUUUUUUCACUAAAAUACCAUCAAUACUAUAAAAAUAUAUUACUUGUGGCUUCUUUGAACUGUUUGAAAGGUUAUGAUGUCGAAUGGUAACUGAUUUGUCUGUCUGCCAGUGCAGGGAUUAUUGGACUGAAUAUACAGAGCCGUACAAAAUAUUUCCCCUGGAAGUUUUCUAGUGUUUUGUUUUUUUGUGUUUUGUCGUUGUUGUUGUUGUUUUUUACAUCACAUUUACAUGUUUCGGAUCACAAAGAAAAUGUUUAUAUCAGAGAAUGGCAACCUAAGUAACUGCAAGAAGCCCUUUUAAAAAGUUGAUUUUAUUAAUUAAGAGGAAAUAUUUAAAUCUAACUUUUCCCUUUGAGAAAAUGAAAUUGGCACCAUAAAUUUGUCAGUUUGCUCUAUCUUGGGUGCAACAACCUCAAGUCUGUGCUGCAGCUUGAAGUUACGUUUUUCAGUUUUUAUUUUUGUAUCAGUGUGGAGGAAUUUUUUUAUUCUUUUGCAGAAUUCAGCUACACUGGAGUGUGUUUGAGCACACGAAGCCUGUUCAAGGUCAAGCAGGUUUUUUGUUCAUAAGUGGGGCGGCUUAUUGGCUCUAUUCAUUUCUGCAAGUCUGGGGCAAAGUAGGCCCAGACUAUCACACUAUCACCCUCCAUGCCUGACUAAUGUCUGUCAGAAAUGCUGAGUCAGUUUACACCAGAGGUAGCGGGAUACACAACUUGCAAAAAUUAUUAUUUUUCUUUUUCUCAUAAGACCACAGAAUAUUUUUCCAUUUGGUGCUGAAACUCUUCCGUUGAGGUUAGAAAGUGAAGCCUGAAGUGCUUCAGAGACUGUUUAGAGGUAUUCGGUUGGAUGACUCGGACAUGUUUUCUCUCAAGAAUUAUGGCCGGUCAGCCACUCCUGUGAAGGUUCGUUAUUGUUCAGUUUGGUUCACCCACUGGAGAUUCGAUGCCUUAAAAUGACUUUAUGGUUUUAAAUGGUAAGAGGUUUUAUGACUGAAAUAUGUCACACAAUAGAUGUUCCUCAUCUAUUCUUAAAUGUUAUUUCAAUCAUUGGUUUGUGUGGUUUUUCUUGAUCUUUUGGCCUUCUUCGUGUUGUCAGGUUCCUUUUUAGUAGGAACCUGACAACACGAAUCAGACCUUCGUGUUUCUGCUGAAAUUGACCCAAAAAUGUUUCUAGUCAUAUUUAAUUCAAUUGGGAAAUCAUACAAUGUCAUAGAACCAUGUUGUGUCAGACAGAUUUGUUCCCAUUAAUAACUGCUUCCACCCACAGUGCAGCGACAAAGGAAUUCAAUCCUUUCAUACUUAACGACAAUGUCACCGAUAAACUUUAUAUGUUAAGAACAAAACCAUUUAGAAUAGACACACAAACACUGUAAAUAUCCAGUUCACAAGCAAAAUGAUGUGCAGUAUGUAGUGAAAUGUGUAUUUUUGAACAAAAAUCAAAUCUCACCUUUUACAUAAAAAAGGAAUAUUUCUAUGUAAAGUUGUUUAUAUUGAACUCCGUAGCUCAACGUGUUUCUUCUUUGGAUACUUUUUUAAAAAAUUUUUUUAAAAUAAAGUACUUUUUAAAUAAU